GUUAAGAUCUUCGCAGCUUUUCACGUCCUUACCGAGGGGGUGGUGAAUACUCAGCCGUGCGCAGGCUGGAGCAUGUAUCCGACGCUCGACUCCUUCGGCGACGUAGUGGUCCUCUUCCCAUUGGCGUAUUGGCGACCCAAGAUCUGGGGCAUGUCAAAUAAGCGUCCAGAAAGGGGAGACCUUGUGGUCACAACCAACAUGACCAACCCAGCGUACACCGUCUGCAAACGGGUUGUUGGAAUUGAGGGCGACGUUGUUGAGAUCGAGCCAACACGUACCGUUGACGGUUCAAAAUCAUGGGCACAAGGUCGGUUUUUGCGCGUGCCGAAAGGCCACAUCUGGGUGGUCGGGGACAAUCUCUCCAACUCGAUCGAUUCACGCGACUACGGGCCGGUUCCUCUCGCCAUGGUCAAAGGCAAAGUCACAACAAGGGUGAGUUUGAUUCGU